GUGUGUGUGUGUGUGUGUGUGUAGGCAUGCUGGCAGCCCCGUCCAGAGGGCAGCUGUAGAGGUCAGAGUUCACCUCAGCGUCGCUGGUUCUUCAGCCCUGCCCACGGCCGCUGUGACCACUUCCUGUUCUGCACAGGAAACAGCAACAACAACUUCCUCUCCCUCGAGGCUUGCCAGGAGCAGUGCAUGAUGGGAGCCUGCUGCUUCCGCCUGCCCAAACCGAGUCCUCUCAUUGGCUACGACAGCCAGGGCAACGGUCGCCAGGGAGAUAACACAACCUCUGACCAGGAGCAGAGUGGGAGGGGCCAAAAGGAGGAUGAGGCGUGGUUUGGAGAAAUAACUGACAAGAGGACAUUGGAGGAGGACGGAUCUGAGCACUUUGGUUACCAGUGGAUCAACCUGACCAAGCCAGACCAGCAGAGAGAAAGAAAGGAGGAGAGAGGGAGAGAGAAAAAUGCUAGUGGGUUUGACUCUAGAGGGAUGGAUACUGAUUUCACCUACAGCUGUGAGUACCUGUCUGUGUCGGCCUGUCAGGCCAGGGUCAGGGACCUCCACGGAGAGGGAGAGGCUGUGAGUUUCUCUCCCGGCCAGCGCUGCUCUGAUGUGGACUGCGGCCACGCCGGUGGCUGCCUCUACCAUAGCCUGCCACAGAGCUACGGGGAGAGGUUCAGGCAUGGCUGUGAAGAGUGUUUGUGUAAUCAAAGCGGAGCGGUGCAGUGUGGGUGUAGUCAACUGACACAGCGGAAGGAGAUACGAGACCUGACCCUGAAAGAGAGACGUCAGUACCAACGAGCCAUCAGGAGACUCUACGCACAGCCAGGUGUAUGGGACGGUUUCACCAAGCUGAGAGCUGAGUUCUCCCCUCAGGCUGGUGGCCACACCUACUUCCUGCCCUGGCAGCGCUACUUCCUGCGGGUGGUGGAGCAGGAGCUCCAGGCUGUGUCGUCAUGCCAACUGGGUGUUCCGUACUUCGAGUGGACGGUCGACUCUGGUGAUCUUUUGACCUCAGCUGUCUGGCAGGCCGAGAUGUUUGGAGGGGACGGAGAGAGAGAGAGGGAUGGCGAGAGGGAAAGGGAUGAAGAGAGAGAGAGGGAUGGAGCGAGUGAGGGGGAUGGAGAGCAAGAGAGCAACUCUGUCUCAGGCUGUGUCCCCCACCACUCCUUCCAGGGCUUGUCUGCACGGUUCCGCUGGUCCCCCUGUCUACGACGGAGCUUCAACACCUCGGUGUCUGUGCCUGACGCGGUGAGCGUCCAGAGGCUACUGUCCCAAGGGAACUUCCUGUUGUUCUCCCAGGCUCUGCAGGGGCUGUCUGGGCUAUUUAGGCUCUGGGUGGGGGGCCACAUGGCCUCUCCUCUGGCCGCCUACGAUCCCCUCUACCUCUCACACGCCGCUUUCAUCGACAAGCUCUGGACACACUGGCAGGACAGGCACAGAGACGUGCACACUCACGAAGAAGCUCAUGGGCACACUCACGUACACACACAGUACCCGGUGAGGCAGCGUCACGUGAAGAUGAAGCCGUUCGGCAUUGCUCCUGAUGAUGUGAUGUCUUCACGGGAACAACUGUGUGUGGUGUACGUACCCAUAACCCUCGGAGCUCCCUGUAAUGUGACAUCAUCACUCCGUGCCGAAAGAGGGAAGGGCCGCCGCAGAGCAGCGAAAGACACUGCCAGCUAUCACAGAAAGAGACAAGAUACACACAACAACCAUAUACACAGCACCUAUGAUUACAAUGCACAAGGCUAUGAUGGCUUUGACCACAGUGGUUACAAUCGCAAUGGAUAUGACAGACAAGGUUUCAACCGCAUGGGCUGGGACCUGCUUGGUUAUAGUAGGGAUGGUUUGGACCGUGACCACAUCGACAGAGAGGGCUAUGACAUUUCUGGAUACAACCGCUAUGGGUUUAACCGCCAAAAUGUUACAUGGUUCGGGAUGCGCUGGGAUGGAUUGUUUAUGAGGGAGGAAGAGAGAGAAGAGGAGAGUCAGGGGGAGAAAGAGAAGGAGAGUGAGGUGAGAGAAGAGGAGAGUGGAGAGAAGGAGGAGAGAGAACGAGAGAAGGUUAUGUCAGAGCUCUUUAGCGACAGUGGCUACAGUGUUUAUGGUUUUGACCCCUUUGGUUUGGACCGGGGUGGUUUUGAUGCGUUUGGCUUUCGACCAGACGGUUACGAUAAGGACAGCUGUAACUGGUUCUACAACGGACCGCACUACCUACGGUUCUACUACCACACCCAACAGCAGCUCAUUUCAGCCAAUCAACACACUCUUAACCACAUUACAAGAAUCUGCCCUCCAAUCACAGCCCUGCCUCAGCACUGGCCUUUGCAGGAUUGGAUGGCUCUGGACCCAGAGGAGAGCCAAGCCCUGAUUGGUCAGCUGGAGCGGGAGUGGGCGGGACAGAAGCGUUCUGAUGACGACUACACCCACAAGAUGAUGUCACAGAGGGGACGUGGCAUUUGGCUGCCGAUCACCCCAGACAGCAGGUUUUGUUUUGAACUACACUGGUUCUCCGGUUGUCCUCUUGGCUCUGCCCCCAUGACCUGCCCUGACCUCUGCCGUGAAGCACGUUGUCUUGGUAACCCGAUGGCUGAGUGUCGUUUGCGGAACUGUGGCUCCUGCUUCACUGAGUGGCUUGACCCAACCACCGGAGCAUACGUCAUCUGCCAGGGCUGGUAACCAAUGCUGACCGGCGCCCAUGUCAUUCAGCGUAGUGGAAGAUGACUAGAAAAUGCUUUUUUGUCAUGAAAAACCAAUGCAGUUCGACAUUAGAGCCUUCAUGAGGGGUUGUAGUGAUAACCACGGCAAGUUACCAAGACUGGUUACCAAGUCUGGCACACCCUGUAUCUUUCCAGGACUAAGCUGGAACUAAAGCCCGCAUUCCCUGUAGCACUUCCUUUGAACAUUUAACUGAAGUAGGAUAUAUUUAGACAUCAGGAGGUGUAAUCAAUGUACCACACUGUAUUCGAUAAAGCGA